UCCUUUUUUUUAAUCGUCUCCGUUCAUAUCAACACUCUUUUUUCUCUUAAUUUCUCAUAAAUUAUUAUCAGAAAAAAUUAUCUCACCGGCGAUGGAGUUUGAAUCGGAUCACUCCGACGGGUUCGAUCGGUUACCCGACCCGCUUAUUCACCUCAUGUUCAACCAAAUCUCCGAUAUCAAAACCCUAAUCCGGUGCCGCUCCGUUUCCAAACGGUUCAACUCGUUGGUACCUCAAGCCGAUUCGCUUCUCCUCCGAGUCGACCGGGUAAUUUCCGCUACCGAUUCUGAUGACGACGACGAUUCCUUCCUCAUUGCUUUCCUCAGAUCCAUUAUCAAAUCCCUUCACCAUCUCGUUUCACCAAGCAAGGCUCUCCCAAGCCCUGCCCGAUCCCAGAACUCACCCGCACAGAUCCUACGGGAGUUCGAGAGGAUCAGGAAUCUCCAAAUCGAGCUUCCUUCAGGUGAUCUUCGGUUAGAGAAAGGCACGACGAUUAGGUGGAAGGCGGACUUUGGGAAAACUUUAAAGAGUUGCGUGAUUUUAGGGUUUCGCAGCGGGGACGGAGGCGGUGGAGAGGCGGAGUUUGGAGGAGGAGCUGGUGCAGGGUUGAAAAUGAGGGUAGUUUGGACAAUUAGCGCGUUGAUUGCGGCAUCAGCGAGGCAUUACAUGAUGGUGGAGGUUGUAAACGAGCAUAAAGAGCUGGAGAAUUUGGUGAUCAAGGACAGAGAUGAUGAAGGGAAAGUUGUUAUGGAUAAGAAAGGAUUGAAAGAAUGUAGAGAAAGUCAAGGUGAAGGCGAAGAAGCUGAGGUAAACAAUGCCAGCAGUGGCAAUGGAGUUGGUUUGUGGUGGCGUAAUAAUCGUACAACAGUGCCAGCAGUUCGAAUGAGGAUGUGGCAUGAAGCGAGGAUGGAACUCUCCGGUGGCAUGAAAAUGGUCGGAGCAACAUUGGUGGUUGUCCGACCGACUAAUGGAGGGGGUGAGAGGAGUGAGGUGGAAGAACAAAAUGGAGAUGUAGGAUUAGCAUUAGGAGCAUUUGGGGAAGAUGCAGUGUAUUGUGAAGCUGUGGAGAGGUUGCUCAAGAGUCGAAGUUACAUUCUGGAGAUGAACUCUUUCUAGUUCCUACUGUAUCUGUAAGCAGCCUGUGGAGGGCUAAAAUGGCAACUAUUUGAAAAUCCCAAAAGAAGAAGAGGAGGAGGGAGCAGGGGCAGACGACAUCUUUGCUUGCUUGACAGAAUGUCCAGGCACCUCGAGGAACCUAAACCUUCCAAUAGCAGGUUCCAUAACCCUCCUCAAUGGCAAAGGGACAGAGCCAGAUGGACAUGGGGAUUCCAUUGCAUCACUUAUUUGUGGAACUAUUAGCAUUAUGUAGGCAACUACCAUUGGGGUGGUAAAAUCACCAUAAUGCUGUGAUGGAGUAUGAGCAGAGCCUGAUGAAUGCUUUUCCUAAUGACAAUUCACGAGUUCUUAUUUACAUCUUUGAUUCCUGCCAAUACAUCAACAGCAUAUGAGUUGUGUUACUGUGUCUAAUAGCCCAUUAUGUGCUAUAUUUGUUAUAGCUUGUUUUCUUCAGUCAGGUCUCGUCUGUUUUAGAGUUUCUCUUCAAACUUUGAUGUAUCCAAAGUUUUAAACAGGGUAGCACAAUCACAAUUACCAAGCUGCAGUCCACCAACUUGUUCCUGCUCUUGUACUCAAGUAGAGCAGGAGUUGAAUCUGACUUCCUUUUUUUUUUUUAGGAAAAUCAAAUAUUAGAGUCGCGAACUGGUUGAAUCCACGGCUUUUGUGUACUGAAUUUGAACAUAAUAAAUCAAGCCUUGUGUGUA